AUGAGUAAAAUAGUCAAAUAAAGAGUUAGUAUGCAUGAUGAGUCAACUAGUCUAUCAAUUUAUUCAAAGAAUGUUAAUAAAAAGAGUAACAUUUAUUUAAUCAUAUAGAAAAACAUAAUCACAAAUAAAAUUCAACAAAACAAUUGAUUUGUAUAGUUUCAGUGCCAAAAUCAUUAAAAGAGUGUGUUUAUAUAAAAUCAAAUGUAGAACUUAAAUUAGCACUCAAUUAUAUUCCUGAACAUUGUUUAGGUAAUCUUAAAGAAACACCAUGCACAUACAAUCAUAGAGUAACAAGAACAGAUCAAUUAGAUGAUGUUUACUUUUACACUCUAGAACUUCUUGAUCAACCUAAUUAUUCAAUAGAACAGAUAGUUAAUCUACUAUUAAAAUAACAGGAUCCAUGUUCUUAAAUUGCUGUUGAAUUAGUACAUUAAAGAUUCAAUAUCCUCAAUGAAUAUACUUAACAUUAUUACAUAUCAAAUGAAGAAUUAUUAGAAGUUGAAUAAAUUGCAUAAGAUUAUCCAUAUCAUUGUAUAAUACAAAAAGUAAACAAAGAUAGUAGUACAUUAUCAUAAAGAAUUGUUAAUGAAUAAUUUUAUACACUUAUGGGAGUGACUAGAGAAAUGGUUUCACAUCAUCUUCAUGAAACUAAAACUCUACCAUCUAUUUUUGAUAUUGGUACAUCUUUAAAAUUAUGGUGUGAUAUUACUUUGAGUUCACUUUCAGGAGUAUCACAUUUUGAUUAAUAUAUUAAUACUUAUGAAGGAGCAUAAUAUAAAUGCAAAAUUGAAUAAAUAUAAAUGUAUAAAAGAACUUAAGUUAAUCCUAAUUAAAUUGUUUUCAUUGAAUUUAGAAUAUUUAAACUUGAAGAACCCUUAAAAUCAUAAUUACUUAAUCCUUAAAGAAUUUAUUAAAAUUAAAUUGACUAUUUCAAUAGGAAGAAUACAGAAUAAGAAUAUUAACAAUUCUUAAACUCUAUGAAUUACAAACGUUCUCUUCAUUAUAACAAUUCUUAGCCUUGUGGAUAUAAGUAACUUCCAUGGAUAUGA